AUGCAUCUUCCAUGGCGCCAGAAGCAGCAACCAUCAGAAGAGCAAUCAUCUCCGCCACCUUCUGAACAGCGCGCUCUGAGCUCGCGCUGGUCCGCCACGAAAGACACUCUUCAGACGCAUAUCGCCACCGCGCGGGCAAGCGCGGAGAGCACUCUUCAAGACUCCAACAUUAAAAACCACCUCAGAGCCACGAAAGACACUCUUCAAGACUCCAAAGCCCACAUCGAAAACCGCCUCAGAGCCAAAGCAUAUGAACUCGGAUCACGGCCAGUUGCAUAUCUUGUCUUAUCCGGCUUCUUCCUAGGCUCUGUGUCAACGCUUGGCGCGACAUUUGUGUACAAGCGGUAUUUCAGGCGUUUGAGGACAGCUGAGUGGGUUACACCUGAUGUACUUCAGCGGAGGAGGUGGGUGAGGGGUGUCGUGACGAGUGUAGGGGAUGCGGAUAACUUCAGGCUAUAUCACACACCUAGUUUUGGGUGGAGGUGGCCGCUGAAAUUCAGAAGAGUACCAACGUUGAGCAAAGAGCUCAAAGAACAAACGAUCCACAUUCGUAUUGCAGGUGUUGAUGCACCAGAGGCAUCACACUUCGGUCGCUCAGCCCAGCCAUACGCUGCAGAAGCUCUUGCGUGGUUGAAAAAUAUGAUCGAGGGCAAGACAGUAUACUGCCAACUCGUUCGGCGUGACCAAUACUCUCGUAUCGUAUCAGUAGUCACCCUUCCACCACCGUUCCUCCCAGGCUCGCUUACCACAGGCCGAAAUCUCGCACUUGAGAUGCUCCGGGCCGGUACGGGUUUGACCUACGAACAAGCAGGCGCAGAGUACGGGAAGGAUGGAAAGGAUGAGUUUUUGAGAGUUGAGGCUGAAGCGCGAACCUCACGUAUUGUGCUACCUCCCAGAACGGCACACAGAGGCAUGUGGAAAUCCGGCACAGUGGAGGAAACCCCCGCACAGUAUAAGCGGCGGUACGCCCAGGGCGGGACGGACGUUGAGGCUCAAACCCAAGGUUCGACGAAGGCUGAGAAAGAGAUAGUGAAGAAGGGUGGGUUGAGAGGGAUUUUGACGAGACUUUGGUUGUGA